AUGACCAAUGCACAAUAUAUUGAUGCAUACGAAUAUCUUGAUGUAUCAGAUCGUCUCGUUAUUACACCAUUGACUGAUCAAUGUUAUUUAUGUUUGAUGGGUAUAUUACAAUUAGAUGUUGUUGAUGCACGACAGCAGAUAACAAUGAAUUUACGUUAUGCUGAUCGAACAGAGUUACCUGAUAACUUGAAGGUUUUCUUUCGACCACAAGCAAUGAUGAAUGCUUGCUGA